AUGCGUCUGUUUUUCUCCGUUCUUAUUUUACUAUUCUACGAUGUGUUUUGCUCUGAAAUUGUUGUGAAUUCUAAUCGGAAAUACUUGUUCGGGGAUGUUCUUGAGCCAUUGUGCUCUGUCAUAACAUCUGAUCAGAGUCUAUCGAAAUCUGAUGUGAUUCAGUUAUUCCAUCAAUGGGAAACCUAUACAUCAUCUCAAAUUGCCACGUCAUCUUCUUCAGUUUCAGAUUAUAGAAAAGCAAUGCCGUGUUUUCCAGGACCUGACUUGAACCUGACUCCAUCUCAAGAAGACAUGAUACCUCCAUAUCCAAAUUGUGAUGUUUUUGUGAAUAUUUCCACGUCUACAGUUGAAGAAGUUGAGGACUUACUUCAGGAAAUCAAAAAGGAAAAUAGUGCUCAACAAAUGGAUGUUUCUUUGAAAUCUGUUAUAAACUCAUUGAGUAAUCGGCUGCAAAAUUUGAUCGAUUAUUUGCCAGAAGGAGAGACAAAAGAGAAAACACAGAACUAUCUGUCCGCCAUCAAGAAGAUCAGCAUCCAGCCACUCCGGGACAUCAACUACAGUAGCCCUUUUCCUUCUUUCUCUCUUCGAACUCAUAAAUUCAAUCCGUCGGAUCUUCUAUCAUGUUUCAAUAUUUCCUCGUUCUCCCCAAUGGAUCUUCUUAGCCUCUCCGGUCAAACAAUUGGGUCCGUUGCUUGUUCAAGAUUCCAGAUAUGCUCUUACUCAUCUCUUCUUUCAAAUCCUUGUUUAUCUUCUCUCAAUAUCUCCGAGAACCAGUACAACUCAGUUGUAAACAAGACGAUUGGAGACGUAAUUGGACAGAAGUUGAGAGGAUUCACUUCUGGAAGCAAUAUUGGAAAGUUCUUUGGAGAAUUGACAAGAUCCAAGAGGACUCCGGAUCCAUUGGAGUAUGAAGAAGUGACUCCGUUGAUGAAAAUGGAUGGAAGAGAAGAGGAAUCUGAAGAAGGAGUUAUGGAUGAACAGGGAAAUUCAACGGAUACUGCUGAGUUAAUAGAUCAAAUGAAUAGUGAAGAGAGACUGGAUGUAUCAAGAGAAAAAGAAAAGCUACAUCGGGAACCAACCAGUCAAUUUGAAGAUUUGGAGAGGCUUCCGAGCUGGGUUGGAUCUGUAAAGUUUUUAGAGGAAGGAUCUGGUUUAGAAGAUGUCUCAGACUCCAGAGUUAACAAAAAAGUUAUCGAUGAAGUUAUCAACUAUACAAGAAGUCCUGAAGAUGUGAAGAGAACACUUGAUGGUUAUGAAAGAGAUGGUUCUGGGGAAUAUCCAGACAAACAAGAGCUUGAAACUAUUGAUUCUCUAUUGAAAAGUGAAGAAUCGCAUGACGUGAUCAGACCGAGUUUCAAAAUUCCACAUUCCGAUGGAAUUGUGAGCUCCAGAACCCGAGAAACUGAAAAAAUAAAAGACAACUCUCUAUACUCAACCAGAAUUCCACUCGGAGAUAAGAAGAAUUCAGAAGAUGUCAAACGUCUUUUGAAGUUGGAUGCAUAUGAGCGAGAUGGCUCUGGUGAGCAACCAAGUGAAGAAAUAUCAUCAAAAAAUAAUGAAAGUGAAGAAGAAAACAGCAGAGCGAGUCCAAAAGUUCGUCAUGAAGUCAUUCGACCGUUCUCCAGAAUCCAACACGACGUCACGCAUCCCACGAAAACAUCUGAAUCCAUCAGACUUCAAGCAAGUACAGAAUCUAUUCCGUACUCAAGAAAUCAAGGAGACGUCAACUUCGACGAGGCUCUCAGCUAUUUUAAAACUCAAAUUAUUCAAGACGAUGACGUCAUCUCUCAGAAUCUCACAAACAUCGAUCCUUCAUUGCUCCUGGAAGUCCAACAAUUUCUGAAUACAAAUCUGAAUUCUUCAAUGGUUGAAAAUCUUUCAAACGGCACUCCAAUCCAACAAAAUGUGACUGAAAUUCUGUCAGAACUGGGUGAUGAAUUCACUAUUUCUGAUAUUUUGAACAAGUUGAAAAUUUAUGAUUGGUCUACUCUGAAACAACUAUUCGGGUCAUUUGAUGUUUUAAAUAUCAUUGGAAAAUUGUCUUCGAUCGGUAUCAAUCUGGAAAGUUUGCAGAAGAUUGUGGAUUCUUCUAGUGGUAACUCGAUGACCAGUCUGGUGGAUAAGGUUAAGGCAAAACUCUCUUCAACUGACUCAUCAAAAUCACCUGAAUUGUCUAAAAUUGUUCAAAAACUGAGUGAAUCUUCAACUAUUCCAACUGUACUGCAGAAUGCACUCAAGUCUAAUGACACAUCUUCAUUGAUUUCAGAUGCCUUGAGUGUUCUGAAAUCUAAUUCUUCACAUUUGUCGAAAUUGAAUUUGUGA